GACCGUGUUGUAGCGGCCGCGUCCUUCCACUUCCACGCACGUGGGUUGCUGAGCCCCCGCGUUGGAGCGGCCUGGAGUGCAGAUCCUCCCACACGUUGCUCCCCAGCCUGGAAUGAACCGCUUUCUGCUGCCCGUGUCCGUAGUGGGCACGGUGAUUGGCGGCACCGUGCUGCUCAAGGACUAUGUUGCUGGUGGGGCUUGUCCCAGCAAGGCCACCAUACCUGGGAAGACUGUCAUCGUGACAGGAGCCAACACGGGUAUCGGCAAACAAACUGCUUUGGAACUGGCUAAAAGAGGAGGCAACAUCAUUCUGGCCUGUCGUGACAUGGAGAAGUGUGAGGCGGCUGCCAAGGACAUUCGUGGAGAGACCUUGAAUCCCCGUGUACGUGCCCAGCACCUGGACUUGGCUUCCCUCAAGUCCAUCCGAGAGUUUGCUAAGAGGAUCAUCAAAGAGGAGGAGCGAGUGGACAUUCUGGUCAACAACGCAGCUGUGAUGCGGUGCCCGCACUGGACCACGGAGGACGGUUUUGAGAUGCAGUUUGGUGUCAACCACCUGGGUCACUUUCUGUUGACAAGCUUGCUGUUGGAGAAGCUGAAGGCCUCAGCCCCUUCACGUAUCAUCAACCUCUCAUCCCUGGCUCAUGUUGCUGGGCACAUAGACUUUGAUGACUUAAACUGGAAGACGAAAAAGUAUGACACCAAGGCAGCCUACUGCCAGAGCAAGUUGGCUGUUGUCCUCUUCACCAAGGAGCUGAGUCGCCGGCUACAAGGCACAGGUGUGACUGCCAAUGCUCUGCACCCCGGUGUGGCCAGGACAGAGCUGGGAAGACAUACAAACAUACACAACUCUACCUUCUCCAGCUUCACACUUGGACCCUUCUUCUGGCUGCUGUUCAAGACUCCCCGGCUGGCGGCCCAGCCCAGCACGUACUUGGCCGUGGCAGAGGAGCUGGAGAGUGUUUCUGGGAAGUACUUUGAUGGACUCAGAGAGAAGGCUCCAUCUCCCGAGGCGGAAGAUGAGGAAGUAGCCCGGAGGCUUUGGGCUGAAAGUGCCCACUUGGUGGGCUUGGACAUGGCUCAUGGGUCCCCUGGGAGGGGACAUUCCCUCCCCAGAUAGCCUUCAAAUAUCCAGAUGGAGCUGCAUUACCAUGGCUGCUGGCCGCCAUGCCCUCAUCAUCCUCUGGGGGCAGUGUUGGCACUGUUAGAGCCGCCAUGCCCUCAUCAUCCUCUGGGGGCAGUGUUGGCACCGUUAGACUGUUAGACCAUGGAUGCUGGCUGCCAUGCUCCCGUCUUCCUGUGGGUGGCAACGUUGGCCCUAGGUUUUAUUGUUAGCCGGCCACAUUCAGUUGGACCACAGCUGAGCAUUGGGGAGGAGGACAGCUAUAAUGUACUCUGCUGGUUACUGGGGAGCUGGUCUGUCAGGUGUCUCCCUUGGGAAUGGUUUUGGACAGCGUCCAAAGACGGUGGUAGCUGUGGCGGUGAACUGAUUGGUCUGCUGUUAAGGAGCAGGCGAUCAGACAGAUACAGCCAGUCAUAGUUCUUUGUGGGCCUCUGCAAACUUCUGAUUCCUCUCUGAGACUUGGCUGUUGUUUCAAAAAAGCAACUUGGGGGAGGAAAGGGGCUUAUUUUAGCUUGUAGGUUAUUGUCCAUCAUGGAGGAGGGAAGCCGAGGCAGGAACUCAGGGCAGGAGCUUGAAGCCGGUACCAGUGGUGGUGUGCUCCCAGGCCUACGCUCAGAUACCAUUCUUUUAUUUUUACUAUUAAUUUUUACAGAGAGGUUCUUACUCCGUAACUCGGGCUUUCCUGGAACUUGCUGUUUCAGUUCAAGACCAGGCUGGCCUUGAGUUCCCUGAGAUCUGCCUGCUGGGAUUAAAGACACGAGUCACCAUCCCUGGGCCAGGUGCCAGCUCAGGACUACCUGCCCAGGGAUGGCACCACCCGCAGUGGGCUUGUCCCUUCUACAUCAGUUAGCAAUCAAGACAUUCCCCGGGGCAACCUGGUCCAGGCAGUUCUCCAGUCAGGAUCCGACCUUCUUCCAGGUGUGUCAAGUUGGUAACCAAACAAACCAGGACAGUCUCGAUUGCAGACUUCAAAGGAUAACUGCUACCUCACGGGAUGGUGAGGGCAUUAAGCUCUUGCCUGGCUCAGUAAAGGGCUGCUGUGGCCCUCUUGUGUCCUGGGCCCUGCCUGAGGUGCUGGGGUUCGGUGGAGUCCCUGGCAUGGGCGUUGCUUUUGUUAGCGCUGAGUUGCUCAGGAUGGAAUAGAGUGAAAUGCUGCUGGUUGCUGCCGCUGAAGACCAGCAUGAUCUGGGAUCGCCAUCUCUCCAAUACCUUAGACUCUCAAGCUUGUUUGAUAAUAAUUGCUUGUUGGGUGUAGUGGCGCAGAUCCGUAACACCAGCACAGGUGGAGGGUCAUGAGUUCAAGGUCAUUCUCCACCAGCCUGGGCUAUACAAGGUCCUGUGAACACAAGUCAAAACAGUGACAUCUCCAAAUGUAGCUGAGCCAUAGGUUUAAAAUGAAAACAAACCUUUAGUGUGUGUGUGUGUGUGUGUGUGUGUG